AUGACCGUACCUACCGGCCAUCGCGGCCACAAUUUCUCUACUGCGCAGAAGAAAGAAGCCCACUUCCCAGAAACAAACAAGGACAAGAAGGAAAAGAAAUAUGUAACGACCAACACCAUCUUCAAGUCCAGAUCUGAUCGAGGCCACAAGCGCGACAAAGCAUCACCCAAGAGCAAGAAGAGUGGUCUAGGCAAGAAGCAUCAUCGCCGCGAGCCUUCUUCAUCACCUCCACCUAGGAGAAUCACUCUCGCCGACGAGUCAAAUGAGGUGCUCAACAAAUACAGAAGUCAUGUAGCCGAUCAAUCAGAGCAGAUGAUUGCUCGUGCCUACAAAGACCUUGUCCAGCAACUCGAUCAGACCACUCUCGGACCCGAUGCGUUGAGCACACGAAUUGCCUACGCUAUCAGGGCAUCCCAAGAUGCCUUCACACCAUUCGCCAGUACACUCGUUAGCGUCGUUUACAAGGACGAUGCUGGAAACAUUACCAGCGAAGGAGAAGUCCCCAUUGGCAGCACCUUCCGACGCUUCCAGAGAAAACUUGAGAAGACGAAAGAUGGUCUUGAAGAUCUUUGGGAGAAAUGGGAGGAAGUUCGUCGAGAGAUCGCAGAACUCGGUGCCCAAAUCCUUCAUGACCCAAAGUUCCCAGCUCAGUUUGGUCUCGAGGUUAUGAGCGGUCACUUGAGCCCGUCGUCUCAUACCAACCCCGAGGUUGAGAAUGUGCGCAGGCUGAUCAAGAGUGAAAACGAGAAGGCGCACAAGGAGGUUGAUCAGGAAGCCAAGGAAGACAUCAACAAGCACAAGGAAUAUCAGAAGAUGUGGAGUUCGUGGUUGCAGGAUGAGCUCAACUGA